CUCAAUGGUAAUACACCCAUUGUUUCUUCAAAACACGUGUCUGUUUAUCAUAACCUAAAAUUCAUCUGUCAUCACUGUCUUAAUGAUCAAGACAGAACUAGAAUAUUAUCAUAGAAACAGAAAUACAUAUUAAUAGUCAAAAAUGCUAAGAAGACAAGCAAGGCUUCGUAGGGAGUAUCUCUACAGAAAGUCAGUUCAAGACAAAUUGAAAAGCAUACAAGAGAAAAAAGAGAAACUGAGGCGUAGCCUGGAAGAAAAUAUUCCCAUACAUCCAAAUCUAAGAAAGGAUGCUUUACAAAUACAGAAGAGACUGGAAUGGGAAGACGCAGGUCCAGAACUGGCUGUGGCCUUGGGAACAGAGACUGGAGGAGCUUUAGGAUCCCACGAAGACGAUGAGUAUCGUUGGGCAGGAGUUGAAGAUCCAAAAAUUGUGAUCACUACCUCUCGUGAUCCAAGUUCUAGGUUGAAAAUGUUCGUCAAGGAACUGCGGUUGAUAUUUCCCAAUUCGCAAAGGAUGAAUCGAGGAAACUAUGAAAUGAAGCAGCUCAUACAUGCCUGUCGGGCGAAUGACGUUACAGAUUUCAUAAUCGUGCACGAGCACAGGGGUGUACCCGACUCUCUGGUCAUUUGUCACCUGCCAUAUGGGCCCACAGCGUACUUUACAAUGUCAGAUGUUGUUAUGAGGCAUGACAUACCCAAUAUCGGAACAAUGUCGGAGCAAUAUCCCCAUUUAAUUUUCCACAAUUUCAAAACAAAGUUGGGUACACGAGUCACUAACAUUCUGAAGUACCUGUUUCCUGUACCGAAGGAAGACAGCAAGAGAAUAAUUACUUUUGCGAAUCACGACGACUACGUAUCGUUUCGGCAUCAUACGUACAAGAAGGUCAAUGGAAAAGACAUAGAAUUAACAGAAGUCGGACCAAGGUUUCAGUUGAAACUGUACGAAAUCAAAUUGGGCACGUUAGAUGCGGAGACUGCUGCAGACACAGAAUGGGCUCUGAGGCCCUACAUGAAUACUACCCACAAACGAAGAUUCUUGUCCAACGAAGACGGUUGGCAACAGGAAGAUGAUAUUUAACUUUCUAGUACUUGAAUUAUUCGAAUAAAUAUUCUAACAAUGUAAAUAACAAGCUUUAUUUUACAUUAUACAUUAUACAUUCUUGA